AUGCAGUCAUCUCGAAAGCCACCGCUGCCCAGAGGAACCCCAAUUCAACUCCGCCUCCGCCCCCGCCGUCCUCCGCUCCAAUCAUCCUCCGCCGCCAACAUCAUUCAAACCCCACCAGGUUCUUUAGUGAAAACCCAGAUGGUGAAAAGUGCUUGUGAUUUGGUGGAAGGGGGAUCUGAGAUUCUUCGGCCUGAAUACCGUACCAUUUCUUGUGAAUUAAGGGCUCUGGCGAAAAUGGUUCAUCAUGAAUUUUCCGGCGCCGGCACCGUCGGCGUUGAUGAUUUGGCCCUGAAUGCUAACAGGAGUCCGUUGUUUGAAAGGGGAAGGUUCUAUGAUGAGUACUCUGCAAGAAGGAAUGAGAGGCUGAAGAGGAAGAAGAAAGGGGAAUUAAUAGCUGAUGAUCAUCAUCAUUAUGAUCAUCUUCUUGGUGUCAGGGUUGAAUCCACUAAAAAGAGAAGGGAUAAUCAUAUCACCAGUACUAAUAAUACUUCAACUAGUAUAAAGAGAAAAGUUGCUGUUCCUUCCACUCCAACGACUGCCAGAAGGACCAUCAUUCCCCCUCCUUCUGCUGCUGCUGCUGCUUCCAGUUCUUCAAGGUAUUUGCUUAGGAGUAGCACUAAUAAGGAGAACAAGAAGCCGCCUUUAACCUCUUCUGCUGUCGUUGGAGAGAAAACUGGAGUCAGAAGGGCUAGGAGGAUCUGA